AUGAGAAGCCCUAGGUUUAGUGUUCAGAGCAUCUAUGGGGGUUACGGGGGGUGCGGGGUCACAGGGUUUCUACCCAUGGAGUUUCCUGAAAUCUCCCGGUCAAAGGCCUUUGCCAAGGCACGCGUGCAGCUGCUUUCAGCAGGCCUGCCUUUCGCGCGUAUCGAGGGCGUCGACCUGCGAGAGGUUGAGGCAGCAGACGGCGAGGUGUUGCAAAGUUUGAUCAGCGAGCACGGGGUGCUGUGCUUCCCGCAGCAAAACCUGACUCCGGAGCAGGAGCUCAACGUCAACCGCGCAUUCGGCUACCACGACACAGCUGAAGAGACUGUCGGUGGGCCAUCGCAGAAGUACUUUGGCUUUGCAAGCUCCGUGGAUUCUGGCGUCCCCGUGCAUGCAGUUCCGGGGUGCCCCUUGGUGCAGGUGCAAGGCAACGGCACCUUCAAGGAUCAUUGUGGAAUUGAGGAGGUGACGUUGCAGGUGGCGGUCGGCUUCCUCACCGAAGGCUUCCACUCGGAUGGGCUACACGACCAGGCCGACUUCGACUCCGACACGCUACCGGUCUUGACAAGCAUGUACUGCCACCAGGCCUGCACCGACGGCACUGGGGAAACCAACUUCCUGUGCUCCCGCGCUCCUUUGCGAAAGCUUUCGUCAGAGCAGUUGGCUUUCCUGCGAGGCUGCCGUCUGCAUUACCAAAGCCGCGAUGUACUAAAACAAGGACGCCCCGUCAUGGAGGGUGGCUUGAGGCGCCUUCGACGGCCGGGCCAGGAGGAAGUCACGACCCCGGUCUCACGAGAGCUGUUGCUUGCUUCCGCUGAAGCUGGCCCGGUGCAUCCCAUUAUCCGGCGACAUGCAGAUACCGGAGAUGAGGCCUUGUGCAUCAGCUGUGGGAAUGUGGCGUUCAUGGUCUCCCCAAAAGGCGUCGAGGGCCCUGCCGCCUGUUACGACCUCAUCGAGAGUUUCUUCGCUGAUCAGGAGAUGUACGCACACCGCUGGCACCCCGGUGACUUCGUGAUUUGGGACAAUCGGCUUUGCUUGCACGCAGGGCCGCGUGCCGUCCAUGGCGACCGGCUCAUGCACCGCGUCCGGCUGCGCGGCUCUGCUCGUUGCAAUGCCGACUGCGCAGAGGUGUGGAAGCAAGUGAGGCAGGAGAGGGCCGAAGGCCUUUGGUGA